CUUGCUUUGCAGCUCCCCAAAGGGGCAAAGACGCAUUUUGUGCACCUCAGUUGAACGCCUGCCGGCCUUUCCCCUCGUCUCCCAUUCAACGCUCGGCCUCCAUCUCACCAGCUCCCAAACCUCGCGUGCACCACUCCAUGUCCGGAUCAGCAGCAGCAAGCGGAGGAGACCUCGGCGGCGGCCAGAUCUACGGCGACCACGUCUUCUUCCAGAGUCAAUCAGCAUGCGGCGGUGGCGACGGUGGUGGUGUCAUCCCGUCGACCUACUCCAGCAUCACCGACUACCUGCACGGGCUCCUCGACCCCGCGGAGCUCGCCAAGCACCUGGACGUACCUCCGUGCUACCCGACGAUGAGAGACGCGAUCGGCGCGGUAGCGACUCCGGUCACGCCCAACUCGUCGACGUCCGGCGAGGCGGCGGGGGCCGAGUCCCACGGGUGCAAGAGAGGCAGUCCAUCGCCGGAGGAGGGAGACGAGGAUAGAUCGGCCGAUCAUGGCAGCUGCAGGAGCGAGAAGAAGAAGACGAAGGAGGGGAAGAGGGAGAAGAAGCCGCGUGGCUCCCGUGUGGCAUUCGCAACCAAGAGUGAGGUCGACCACCUCGACGACGGCUACCGCUGGCGCAAGUACGGCCAGAAGGCAGUCAAGAACAGCUCCUUCCCAAGGAGCUACUACCGGUGCACGGCGGCGCAGUGCGGGGUGAAGAAGCUGGUGGAGCGGUCACAGCAGGACCCGUCCACGGUCGUCACCACCUACGAGGGUCGCCACGCGCAUCCGAGCCCCGUCGCCGCCCACUGUGGCUCGCGCAUGCUGAUGGGCACUGGUGUCGACACCGUCUACUCGCUCGACGUGCUCCAGCAUCAACAUCGUGGCUUUUUCCCGGCCGGUACCGACGUCUAUGGGCGCAUGUGCGCACCGCCCAGUACCGCCGCCUCGGUGGUGGCACACCGGUCGUCGGAGUACGGUGGCAUGCAGGCGCAGGCCGGUCUUCUUCCCGAUGCCGUGAUGAGCUAUGAGCAUGUGCAUCCUUAACUCGGUCACUCUGUUUAUGUACAUAGUAUGUCUGUAGCUUCGGUUUGGCCUUAAUUAGCGAGGCAUGCAUGGAGCUAGCCAAUGGGCACAUACGUUCUUUUUUGUUGUUCAAACUGACAGAUAUACCAAUCUUUGUUGUUCUGAAUUUGUUUUGGAUGUUGGAAACAAAUUAUUUAUUGUUUUCCUUCAAAUUCUUUAUAGCUAUCUUU